UUAGAAGAAACUGAAACUUGGCUUGCUGGGGGCGGGGUGGUCACUGGGGAUUUAAAGAGCCACCACUUCCUUGGGUCUCCAGAGGGCACUGGGAGGUCACAGCAGCCGAGGGACACCCUGAACCACGUGCGAGCCUCUGCCCUACUGCUCAAGCCAUGCACCUCAGUGGGGGUGAAGGGCUGCUGGCUGGGACGGACACCAAGGUGCAUGAGAGGCAGCUGAAGAAGAAAGAGAAGAAUCGGGCCUCCGCCCAGCGCAGCCGGCAGAAGCACACUGACAAGGCAGACGCCCUGCACCAGCACGAGUUGCUGGAGAAACACAACCAUGCCUUGCGGAAGGAGAUCGAGGAUCUGCGGGCUGAGCUGGCUUGGUGGAGUCAGACGCUGCACAUGCAUGAGCGCCUCUGCCUGAUGGACUAUGCCUCCUGCUUGGCUCCUUUGCCCUCUGGCUGCUGGGGCCAGGCCGGGCAGCCCCUGGAACCCUUGCCCCACGGACAACAGGGCUGCCAGGAACAACCAGGCCUGUCUAAGACCCCAGUCUCCAUGCCCUCAGCUCAGCAGCUCUCUUCAGAUCCACAGCCUCAUGACUCUACUGGCCUUCUCCUGUCCCCUCUGUGCUCAUUGUCCCUUGGCCCUACUGCAGCCACUGUACUUCCUGCCCAACUGUCCCCCAGCCUUGUCCAAUCUGCCUUGCCCUCUGGCUCCAGACUGCUGAGGCUGACACCGUCCUCCAAGCUCAAUGCCCUUCUCCCUAACCCCUCAGCCCAACCUUCCCCUUCACAGCCCCUUGGGUCGGAGCACCCCACCAGGGAGAAGCUGGCGUCCUCACCCCACAGUCUGUCGGCUGCUCUGGAGCUGACUGAUCUGCAGGACAGGGAGCACAAACCUGCUUUCUCAGUGGCAGAUCUGCAAGGGCUGGGUGUGGAUCUCAGCUCCCACCCACCGCUGGCCUCCCCACUGCUCUCUGUUCGACUUCUAACCCAGCCCACCGGAGCUGGGCUGGCCCCUUCCUUGGGCUCAGGAAGCAGCCUCAUCACACAAGCAUCUCCUCCAUUGCCACAAGAGGCUGCCCUUCUUGGCUGACCAGCUGGCCCAGUAUUUCAUCAGGGAAAAGAAGCCAUCGCUGUAUGCCUAUCACUCUACCAGGCUCUGUCACCACCAUUGUCUUAUUUCAACUUUAUGAUCAUCCCGCAAAAUCCAUAUUAUCACUCCACUUUUUCAGAAAAAAAGAGACAGAGGCUCAGAGAAGCCAAGGGGCUUGUCCAAGGUCACACAGCCUUUCUUGGAACCAGAAACGCCACCAUCUGCUCCUCCUUCUCUUGGUAGGAUCCUGGCCCAGGCAUCUCAGGGGCUGAAGUCCUAGAAACUGAAUGCUGAUGUGAGGGGUGUAAGUGCCGGGCGUGGGGAGAGAUUCUCCCUUCAGCUUUGUGAUUCCCAGAGCCACAGAGCUCUGCAGUUCCUGAAACCUCGCCCUGACUAAGGAAGGUCCAGAGUCCAAGCUUGGAUAGGGAGAGGCCGAGCCGGAGCCCGGAGGCGAGUCGACUCUUUUCCUAGCAGUGUUUUCAGUUCCAGGAACUGAACCUGUGGGUGGGAACUGGGGAGAAGCCUGGAACAGUCUCCCCUGGGAUUUCUAUAGGUGAGAUGCCUAUAGCCAUAUGAAGACCUGGGGAGAUUCUGCAGGUCAGCUCUCUGGGCUAUUCCCAAACAGCACCCUGCCUUCCCCUACGGCCAUGGGGGACUUGAGGGCCAUUCACUUCAGUGCACAAAAAGACCAGAGGAAAGAAAGAGUGAAAAGCCAGGUGCAAGGUUACGGUAAAGCAAGAGCUAAACCUGAACCUGGCAGCAGUGAGACCCGUGUCUUCUCCAGUGCCACCCCAAUCCCUAUGCAGCACCCCUACUCCUGUCCUGAUUGCCCUUGGGCCCUCUGAUCAGCGACCCUCCUUACUUUUUGGUCUGAUGGCGCCUGGAAGAGCAGGAGCCCGGGACCAGGCAGGAGCUCAGCCCCAGUGUCUGCUCCAAGUGCGAGGCUGUCACUCAGAUCCAGGACAAGCACUGUAAAGGGCCCAAGAUGAAAAGAUGCCUAGAUUUUUCACACACGUGUAAGCAGACACUGAGCCAGUAUUUGAUAUACUCUAAGAAGCCGAGUGCAAGUCUCCACGUACAUGCUGUGGUAAAUAAAUUAAAGUGUUUUCCGAUUC